ACAUCCAGUAGAUUGCAAGCAAUUCGCGCUUUUGGCCACCAGAUGCCGCUGAUGUCGUCGUUUUUUAAAAAAAUCGUGGAUUAGUAGAACUUUUUCAAAUAAGUUUAAAAAAGAAAAAAGUAUUGAUAAAGAAGAAAGGCUCUACGUGCCGCAGUGCGCGAGCUAUUGUGCUCUGUUGGGGGGGUUUCUCUCAGCUGGGGGCGUUUUUCUUUUGCAAAUGAGUGCAUUCUUAGAGAUGCAGUGUAAUGAGGGUCAUUAGGGGGUGCAGGUAAGAACAGGCCUCAUUAUGCACGGGCCAAUGGGGGUGUGAAUGGGCUGGGGGAGGAGAGCCCUUAAGGAUCAGCUCAAAUGUGCUGACCAGAGAGGAACCUAUUGUCAGAAGAAGCUCCAGCUGCCUACAAGCUCUCGGACACUGUGUUUGGGGUUGUAUUUGGAUUUUAUUCGCCAUGCAUCCGUCCACUCUGCUGCUGGUCCUCACCUCCGUGACCUUGCUAAUGGAAGUACAGUGUGGAUCUCUUUUUGCUCGGACAGCAAAGAGUCCGUCUCUGGAAGAGGUCGAGAAGAAGUGCACCAGCUUGGCCAUGCCCUGGACGGAGGCCAGGCUUCAGGGAGGUCACUGGGGUCACAUCUACAGGCUGAAGGUCCUGUCCAUGGGCAAAGAUGGAGCAAAGAGGGCAGUUUUCCCCGAGCAGCCUCUGUUUGGCUUCGUUAGGCGGGUUUAUCACUGCUGUCAGAUGGGCUUCCACUGCGGAGGAGUGAAGGGAAUACAGGGCAGAGAGGCUGGAGGCUCCAGUAUUGAGUUCCUGCUCAGUGAGGACGUUCUCUCGGCUCCGGUGGUGAGAGCCGAGAUUCAUCUCCAGCUUACAAACCCGCAGCUCCUCAACGUCCAGCCGCUGCUGCCUUCGCUGGAGAAACGGCAGCUCCCGACGAGGUACAGUGCGUGGUCUAAGGACGGUGUUCUAGAGUUGAGGGUGGACUUGACCUUCCUGUUCCAGGCUCUCCAGCAGGCCCUUGGUGGGGGCCGUGGGGGUCCUAGCCUGCUGGACAUUCGAAGGGUGGGGGGUCUAAGCAGGCCCUGGGCUUCGGACUCCAGAGAAAAAGCCCUGCAUGAUCCCAUAUCAGCUGUGCUGGGGGACGGAUGGGUCGAGCGCCCCCUGCAGGCCACAGUGGAGCUGGGACUGGCCUUACACUGCAGCACAGCGGACGCUAACACACGGCCAUGCCAGAGCCAGGGGGUCCGACUACUACACACACCAUUCAUCACACUCUCAUACAGAUAGCAACACAUAA